GGCUGGUGCCGUUCUGGUUGUAGGUGAGCAUCACCCGCUUCACGGGACCUGCAGAUUGUGUGAAGUAGUCCUAAAGACGAACCGAAUCAGUAAUCGAGCUCAAGAAUUAAACAUGAGAUCGGUAUCUGGCAUAAACAGAACAUCGAAGCGUAGUAACGGCCCCAAGUCGAAUGAGCAUCAGCGAGAGCACAGCGUGGUUAGUACUAGCAGAGCCCCGCUCUACUACGAAACCCGUAACCAAUACAACAGCCAACCAUAUCAAACAUUCCGACCGUACGUAAAGCAUCCAACAAAAGUGCAAUAUCCUGCACCCAUUCUGCCCGCAACUGCCCACCGCCCGAAAUGUUCUCGCUCCAAUGCACAGGAUGCGACAUGCUGGAAUACCCCAGUUCCAGUGUGCGGCAAUAGAAUGAGCUGGACGCAUUAUCCCAGAGCUGGAGCAUUAUCCCAGACGCUCCCGAGAAACUCUAUAGAAGAGCGAGAGAUUGGCAUGGGUUCACCCCAAAGUAAUAAUGUCUCCGACUGCAAGAAAAGGCAUUCGCCAUGUGCCGUGUGUGAUGGAUGCUCCGUCAAGUUUCCCACGUAUGCUUGAACUACUGCUGGUCUGCUGGUGCGCUCGCUGAUGCCCGUCAUCCGCGAUGCGUUGAGGAGACAUGGCAAGACGGGACGAGAGAAGUAUGGUGUAUUUCAACCAGAUUGGCACAGUCCGCGACGCGAUCACGCGGGGAUCUUGGAUCAACCCGUCGUGCAAUAUGCGCGUUUUGCUG